AUGUCAAAUAGUAUUACAGAUUCACAAAAUAUGGCCAAUGUCGGUCACUCUGACAACUUGGAACCAAUAUCCUCUCAAAACUCUACUCCAUCAAACAAGAUGGGCGGUGAUGACAUGGAUUUGAAAGCUGAAGGACAUGAAGAAUAUAUUCAAGAAGUUGGUCCAUUAAGUCAAUAUUUCGGUGUCUUAGCUUUAUGUUUAAUGGUUGCCUUUGGUGGUUUCAUUUUUGGUUGGGAUACUGGUACCAUUUCAGGUUUCAUUGCUCAAAAGGAUUUCUUGAGAAGAUUGGGUUCCCUUAACGACGAAGGUGUAUACUAUUUCUCCAAGGUUAGAACUGGUUUAGUUGUUGGUAUUUUUAACGUUGGUUGUGCCAUCGGUGGUUUAACUUUAGGUGGUACUGGUGAUAGAUAUGGUCGUCGUAUUGGUUUAAUGAUUGUUACUGUUGUCUAUAUCGUUGGUAUCGUUAUUCAAAUUGCCACCAUUAACAAAUGGUACCAAUACUUCAUCGGUAGAAUUAUUUCUGGUAUGGGUGUUGGUGGUAUUGCUGUCUUGUCCCCAACUUUGAUUUCUGAAACUGCUCCAGCUCAUUUAAGAGGUACCGCUGUCGCUUUCUACCAAUUAAUGAUUACUGCAGGUAUUUUCUUGGGUUACUGUACUAACUAUGGUACCAAAAAUUACGACAAUUCUGUUCAAUGGAGAGUUCCAUUAGGUUUAGGUUUUGCUUGGGCUUUGUUCAUGCUUGGUGGUAUGACUUUGGUCCCAGAAUCCCCAAGAUAUUUAGUUCAAGAAGGUAGAAUUGAAGAAGCUAAGAGAUCAUUAGCUAUCUCUAACAAGUGUACUGUUGAUUCCCCAGUUGUCAUCGGUGAAUACGAAAACAUUGCUGCUGGUGUUGAAGCUGAAAGAUCUGCUGGUUCUGCUACAUGGGGUGAAUUAUUUUCUACAAAUGGUAAGAUCUUGCAAAGAGUCAUUAUGGGUGUUAUGGUUAACUCACUGCAACAAUUGACCGGUGCUAACUAUUUCUUCUACUAUGGUACUACUGUUUUCCAAGCUGUUGGUUUGGAAGAUUCUUUCGAAACAUCUAUUGUUUUUGGUAUUGUUAACUUUGCCUCUACUUUUGUUGCCCUAUGGACUGUUGAAAGAUUCGGUCGUCGUCGUUGUUUGUUAUGGGGCUCUGCUACUAUGACAUGUUGUUUCGUUAUUUAUGCUUCUGUCGGUGUUACUAGAUUAUAUCCAGAUGGUAUUGACAACAAGGAAAUCAGUACUUCGACCGGUGCUGGUAACUGUAUGAUUUGUUUCACCUGUUUCUUCAUUUUCUGUUUUGCUACUACCUGGGCUCCAACUGCUUAUGUUAUUAUUUCUGAAUCAUUCCCAUUGAGAAUCAGAGCUAAGGCUAUUUCUGUUGCUGUUGGUGCUAACUGGUUGUGGGGUUUCUUGAUUUCUUUCUUUACACCAUUUAUUACCGAGGCUAUUAACUUCUACUAUGGUUACGUUUUCAUGGGUUGUUUAGUUUUCUCCUGGUUCUAUGUUUUCUUCUUUGUUUGUGAAACUAAAGGUUUAUCUUUGGAAGAAGUUAAUGAAAUGUACGAAGAAGGUGUUUUGCCAUGGAAAUCUCCAAACUGGGUUCCAUCUGGUAGAAGAGAUAUGGGUUAUGACGCUGAUGCCGCUUUGCAUGAUAACAAGCCAUGGUACAAGAGAUUCAUGUAA